AUGGCAGGAGCAUGUCAGGAGCAUGAAGUGUUCACUGCUCUCUACCAAACUGAUUCUGUUCAUCAAAUCAAGCUCCAGGACGACGAGCCGUCUCCUCAGGAGCACGUCCCAGUGCCUUAUGGGUAUCUGGUGCCUGUGACGUCUGAGGACGAGUCCUUCAAAGUGCCGGAGAAGCAGCUGCUUGUGUGUUGGGUCGUGAGUAACUGGAACAGCAGACACAGACGAGUCCAGUUCUACAACGAGCUGAAGAGACAUGUCCACGUCAGCGUCUUCGGGGACGCCUUUGGCCGACGCCUGAGUGACGGAGAGUUGAAGAGGACGAUGUCCAGCUGUAAGUUCUACCUCUCCUUUGAAAACUCAGAGCACACGGACUACAUCGCAGAGAAGCUGUUUGGACCCAUGAUGCUGGGGACUGUCCCAGUCGUCCUCGGACCCCCCAGGAAGAAUUACGAGGACCACGUCCCGGCCGACGCUUUUAUUCACGUGGACGACUUCUCGUCUGUGAAGCUUCUGGCAGAGAGGCUGCGUCAGCUCGACCACGAGGACCACGAGUACAGAAGCUUCUUCAACUGGACCAGAAGGUUCAGAGUCCACAGGUCCGGGUUCGGACCAGAACACGUCUGCAAAACCUGUCGCUACCUUCAGACCCACCGGGGACAACAUGUCUGUCCUCGUCUCAACAAAUGGUUCUGGUGCUAAAACGAUCAGAUUCUAAAAACAUGAGACGGAGACUCUGUGGACAUGAAGACAACAAAGGGACAGAAACACAUGUGAAGACACAUGUCACAUGACCGUUCUCCUACACUGGUCAUGUGAUGUAAACAGAAGGUAGAUUGUCUACGACCAAUAAGAUUCCACUAGGUAUAACCAUAGCAAUGGUGAUGACAUGUCAGUGUGGGCGGGGCAUGAGGACGUUGCUGCAGAAUGUUUGUGAAUAAAGUUUUAAGAAACAAAACUGACCUGGAAUCAGA